UUAUGGAAUUGGUGAGUCAGCUGGAAUAUGCCUAGUUCACAACGGGAGCAAACAGCUUUGCAGCACUACCUCCCUCAUCUCAGUACUACACUACCCUCACCAGCCACCUCACAACGGGAGCAAACAGUUUCGUCAUUUUAGACAGAACUCAUCCGCAAGCAGUUUCGUCAGAGCCCCCUCACAACUACCCUCACUCCUUCGCCCGACACACAACCCACGCAAUGCAGGUUGCAGCUGGGGCGCUGAGCCCCCUCAUCCGCAAGCUCGGCGACCUGCUCGUGGAUGAAUUCACCUUAGGAAAUCGCGUGAAGAAGGGAGUCAAGUCCCUCCAAACGGAGCUGCAGAUGAUGUACGUCUUCCUCCACAAGGUGGGUGACGUGCCGGCGGACGAGCUCGACCCGCAGGUCCGGAUCUGGGCCGACAAGGUCCGGGAGCUCUCCUACAACAUGGAGGACGCGGUGGAUGUGUACAUGGUCCGCGUGUAUGAUGGCGGCCAUGGUGAACUCGGCCCCAACAACAUGAAGAACAGAGUAAAGAAGUUCGUCAAGCGGACCAAGAAGCUGUUCAGCAAGGGCAUGGCUCUCCACAAGAUAUCUGCCGACGUCCGACAGUCGCAGGAGCUCGCAAAGGAGCUCGGCGAGCUACGUCAAAGGUAUGCGCUUGAGCCGCACACCUAUGGUGUGGGGAAUGUCAUUGAUGCUCGCCUAAAGGCUGUGCACAGAGAUAUCACAGGGCUCGUGGGCAUCGAGGACACACGAGAUGAGCUUAUUAAGAAGCUAUUUGAUCGAGAUGAGAUGUCCAAGAAGAUGCUGAAGUCACUUUCUAUUGUUGGAUUUGGCGGAUUGGGAAAGACAACCCUUGCCAGAGCGGUGUACAACAAGAUCAUAUUGCAGUUCGAUUGUGGAGUGUUUAUUUCGGUGUCUCGGAAUCCCAACAUAACAAAGAUUUUCAAGAAGAUGUUGUAUGGACUUGACAGUAAAAAGUUUGCAAACAUCAACGAAGCUGUUAGGGACGAUGAACAACUCAUCGAUCAACUGAGAGUGUUUCUUCAAGAUAAGAGGUACUUAAUCGUGAUUGAUGACAUAUGGGGUGAAGAAGCAUGGGAAUUUAUUAAGUGUGCCCUCUCGAAGAACAAUCUCGGUAGUCGAGUAAUAACAACGACCCGCUUAAGCAGUGUCUCUCAAGCAUGUUGCCCAUCUAGUAGUGAUAUUAUUCAUAAGAUGAAAUAUCUUAAUGAUAAGGACUCCGAAAGGCUCUUCUACAAAAGAAUAUUCCCCCAAGGAAAUGAAUGUCCCAAUGAAUUGGAGCAAGUAGCUAGAGAAAUUUUGAAGAAAUGUGGUGGAGUACCACUAGCCAUCGUUACUAUUGCUAGUUUGUUAGCCAGUAAUGACCAAUAUAUAAAGCCAAAGUAUGAAUGGGACAACAUACUCAGUUCUAUUGGCCGUGGACUUGGAGAAGGUGAUACUGCAAAGGAUAUGCAAAGAAUACUAUCUUUUAGUUAUUAUGAUCUACCUUGUCAUCUAAAGACUUGUUUACUAUAUCUCAGUAUAUUCCCGGAAGAUUAUGAGAUAAAUAGAAACAAGUUGAUUUGGAGGUGGAUAGCUGAAGGCCUUAUCCAUGGUGGAGAACAAGAAAUUAGACUUUUUGAGCUGGGAGAGAGAUAUUUCAGUGAGUUGAUAAACAGAAACUUGAUUCAGCCAGUAUAUGCUGAUAUUGGAUAUUGGUGGAAAGGUUGUCGAUUACAUGAUAUGAAUUUUGCAAACUUCAAAGUUCUGCGUGUAUUAGAUUUAGAAGGCUGUAAUCUUGUGGAAAGUAGCCACCAGAUUGAUCUUAGGAAAGCUACAGUUUUUGCAAACACUGGAUUUAAGAACAGGUGUGUCUAUGGAGUUGGGAUAGGCAACUUGGUGUCCUUAGAAGAGCUGAAAAAGGUGAAGGUGGGUGGUACAGAUGAGAUUGAGAAAGAGCUAGGGAAGCUGGUGGAGCUGAGGUCGCUUGACCUGUACUGGAAGGGAGACAAUCAUAGUGCGUCCGGCACGCCGUCGGCUCCGCCGCCCCUGUCCAAGCCGCUCCCCUUCCUCCCCACACCGAAAGCCGCCAAGGGAGGCACCACCAACACGCACACCGCCGGCCACCAUCACCAGGUCGCCGGACCGCCACCGGCCGAGCCGCACCACCGCCGCACGCCCACGACGGAGAGGAACCACCACAGCCGCCGGCAGCCCGAAGCCGGACCCCAGCCGCCGCCAACGCCGCCCGCGGCCCUCGCCGCCUGCCGGGCGGAACCGGCCGCCGCGGCGAGGCGCGUUCCACCGCGCAGCCGGCCACGCCGCACCACGUGCCGCCGCGCCGCGGCGCCCCGCGCCCGCGCCGCGCCCGCCCGCGAAGGAGGGACCCGCGUCGCCCCCAACGCGCGGAGGAGGAAGAGCAGGGCCCCGCCGCCGCCGGCGCCGGUCAGGCGAGCCCGGCCGUGCCCCCUGGCGGCGGCGAGGGAGGAAGGAGGAGGAGGGGAGACCGGAGGCGGCGGGAUCUGGGCGCCCGCCCCGGCCGCCUCGCGGGUGGCGGCGCGGGCGGGAGGGGGGAGGGGAGUCUCGCCCACUAAGCGAUUUUUGUUCGCCCUCUCUCCAUGGAAUCCCUUCAUUUUGAAGUCCGAGCGUCACUCAUCGCCGAUGGAGACUGGGAUGUCGACAUGA